UUUGUUCCUAUACUCGUGCCGCCACCUGAAAAUCCCCAAUGCCGUUCGAACUGUGUGUGCGUGUUUAGUGGUAUUAUAUGUGUAUACACGGACGUAACAGUAUGCACUUUUCUAAACAAGCAUAAUGAAAUAAAUGAGUGCUUUUAUUCAGAUAUGACAUAAUGGGAAGUCCAUUACUAAUUGUUUGCUAAGAAUCCGGCGUCAUUAUCGUAUAUGCAUUUAUACUGAGAUACACAUUUAAAUGACUUUUUUCUAUGUGCACUGAAAAGCAGUUUAUAUUUUUAUUGUGCAAAGAAACAACAUGUCCGCUAUCUUGUUUGGCGUCCGAACCAAUUUUUUAUUUAUCACGCAUCGCAGUGUAAAUGUGAGAUGAUGCGAUCAAAUCUUCAAUUCUUGUGACAAUGUACUGUACCGCAACACAUAUCCUUAGAUUUUAUAUGUGAACAAUGUCGGAGCCGGAACUUUGCCGGCUCUGCGCCGAGACCAAAGAAAAUUUUAUCGGUAUUUAUGAUACCGAGGGACAAAAAUUAGCUAUAGAAGCUAAAAUAGCCAAGUGUUUGCAGAUUCAGGUAUUAAUAACCGAUGGAUUACCACUUAGCGUUUGUAUAGACUGUUGUAUAUUAUUAAAUCAGUGCAAUGAAUUCUUCGAGAAAACCAACCAGGCACAAACAUCUCUCAGGCAGUUACUCAUAGAUACCAAGUCUGAACCACAGUCAUUAGAAACGAACAUAGAUUAUAUUCAAAAAACAGUUAUAUUUCCAAAGGAAGAAGAAAUUGUAGACACAAUUAUUGAAUGUCAGAUAUCAAAUAAUUAUAUUCAAGAAUCUAAUGUUUCAAAUGACUAUUUCACAGAAGAAACUAAAAGUCAACAAAACUAUGAGGCCAAGGAACCUGAAAAUAGCUCAAAAGAAAAAAAAUGUAAAAUACAAAUGAAGAAAGCGUCACCCAAACAGACUAGAAAGAAAUUAAAACGAAAAAACCAGAAUCAAAAACCAGAAGAUUCAAAUUUAUGUAUAAAUCCUGACUUAGAAAGAGAACACAACAUGAAUGUAAAAACUAAUAUUAAGGUUCCGGAUAAUUAUAUGACAGGUACAGAUUCAGAUUUAGAGAUCAUUGAAUCGCAUACAACAGACACGUUGAAAUUUGGGCAUAAAAGAGGAGAAAAUAUGGAUAGGUAUCCUUGGCUUUGCACAGACUGUAAUGAUAAAUUGCCAAGUUUAGAAGGAUUGGAAGAACAUCACGAAACUGUUCAUAAUCAACAAGCGAAAUAUAUGUGCGUGUUAUGCUGUAAAGUUUAUGAUAAAUAUUAUGGUUUCCUUACUCAUGUCAAACGACAUAAAAAUAAGGCAAAGUUCAGUUGCGAAGAUUGUGGGAAAUCAUUUGUACAUAAAAAAGUAUUAGAUUCUCACAAAGCAAUUCAUAGUGAAGAACGGCCUCAUGUAUGUCAAACUUGUGGAAAGGCAUUUAGACAGCAAAGUGCUUUGUACAUCCAUAGUCGAUGCCAUUUACCAGAUACAAUGAAGAAUAGAUUUCCAUGCGAUGAAUGCGACAAAAGGUUUUCAACAAAACCAAACUUAGUGACACAUAAGCGCAUCCAUUCUGGUGUUAGGAAUUUUACAUGUGAUCAAUGUGGUAAAAGUUUUAUUCAGAAAGGAAAUUUGGAGGCUCAUUUUUUAACUCAUUCAGCAGAUAAACCUUACAGCUGUACUCAAUGUUCAAAAGCCUUUAAAACUCCAUUACAAUUAAAAAAACACGAAACAGUUCACACUGGUGCUAAGCCACAUCAAUGUGCUGUGUGUGGAAGAACGUUUAGAGAAAAAGGUACAUUAAGAGAGCAUCAUAGAAUACAUACUGGAGCAAUGCCAUUUACAUGUGAAUUUUGUGGUAAAUGUUUUCGCUUCAAAGGCAUACUGACUACUCAUAGAAGACAACAUACCGGUGAACGUCCAUAUAGUUGCCUAGAAUGUCAACAUCAUUUCACAAAUUGGCCAAAUUAUAAUAAACAUAUGAAACGUAGACAUGGAAUUAACACAUCCCACACAAAACAUUUGUCACAAUCUCAGCAUUCAGAAUCACAGCAACAGCAAUUACAACAACAGCAACAACAAUCAGAACAGCCACAAACAAUCCAGUCAAAUACCUCGGAAGAUCCCUUGUCUACCAUAUCUCAUACAGAAACAUCAACGGUCCAGGUAAUACAAACUGUGUCACAUACAUCACCAUCUCAACCAAUUGUUGUACAAACUAUACCAACUACAGCAAUUCAGAAUUUUCAAUCAGAUGUAAUUGGUAGUACACAAGAUGCUGUGUUUCGAGAAAGAAAUGCAACAUACUUUAACGCAGUACCAGCCACAUUGCAAAAUUUUUUACCACCUAAUUUACCAUAUAAUUUUUAUAAUAUAUCAAAUGUUACAUACCGCGAAUAAUUUCAUUUGACAUAGACAAGUUAAUAUUGUGUUAUACAAACCAGUUAUAAGUAAAUAUAUAUACAACCUUUAAUUACCUAAGCAUAUAAAUAUUUUGAAUGUUUUUAAUUCUAUAAAACAGCAAAUUUGUAUACGAACGAAAUGAAACGGUAAAAAUUGUUUUUAUGAAUAUAGUUGGCUUAAUUUUACUAUUAUACGACGAAGGUGAUUAUUUAAUAAGUGUAUAAAUGUUUUGAUUACAUCUCACUUUAAUUAUGAUUAUGCUUUGAAACUGAAAAUACACUUCUCUAUCAAAUUUUCCGCUAACUACAGCUACAGUGACAUAUAAAAGAUCUUUAAACAGAUGCUUGUAUUGUUCUACUCUAAGUAGUACACAUAUACAUAUACACAUGUAUGCGAAAAUACGUUAAACAUUUUUUUAAUAAAGUAUUAAGAAUACGUAACAUUACUAUAAAUUGAUCCAGAUAUUUUAAUAAUUGUUAAUGCCUUUUAAAAUCUAUAAAUUAAAUAAAAUAUUCAUUAAAAACUUUUACAUGUUGCUGCAUAUUAUUAAUAUGUUAAAAUCGUAUUAUUGAUGAUUUAAUUUAUGUGUCCUAUUAACAGGAU